AUGUCGCUUGUUUACGAUUCGGCAGAUCCUGAGCUGCCGAAUUUGCCAGAGUCGGCCCAUUGGUCAGACUCAGACUACGCGAGCGACGACGGAUCCGGGCCCAGCACGGACUCUGUGCCGUUUUCGAGCGAGACGGGCCAGAUAGAUAUAAAUCACAAGUCCGACAGCGACUCGCCUCGUACGGUCUCGCAGCCCACUCAGGAACACCAGAAGGCGGCUGGUCCGCACGUGACGGUGCCAAGACCCAACCACAGACGGAAACACAAGGCCAGGUCGCGCAAAUACGCCGGCAGCGGAACAAAGAAGGAACGCACUGGCUGGGAGCCAGGAAUCGACGUCCGGACAACAAACGUGGUCAUGAAUACGCCGGGGUCCUGGGUCGUGGUGACAGAUUACUCGCCGGACAGAUAUAGAGUGACGCACUACGAGGUUGUCUCCGAAACAGGCGCCGACGACGACGCUCUGGAUCUCCAGCUGUUGUAUGCAGAGGGCAAACAAGACCCCGAUCCAGAGGCUGUUGAGGCGCAACUGAAGGAGUACAGAAAGCGCGCAGCGCAGUCGAAGCUGGCGUUUGAGCGUGGAGUGAAAAAUCGGCCUCUGUGGUCGCACGUCAGAUGGAUCAACGUCAACGGGCUCUCGUGGGAGGCCAUUUCGACGAUAGGCAAGCAUUACAAUCUUCACAGACUAUCCAUAGAGGAUAUGAUUGACAUUCCGCAGCGCACGAAGGUCGAUUUGUACCCGAACCACCUGUUUACGGUGCUUCCCCUGAUAAAGGUGGUCAGAACAAACCGUCCGCGAGAAUCCGCUGGAAACCGCCAUGUUUCGGCCGACGACUCGAAAUCGCUGCGCUCACGAGCCUCGUCUGUGCACACGGUGGACAUGACGCUUUCUGAGCGAAUCAGCGACGAGAGAAAGAUGCGAAAGCUGUCAGACAUCAAUUUCAGGUCUCUUCGCGACGAGCGCAAGAAAAGCCGCAAAAUGCGCAACCUCGAAAUCCGCAGACCGUUGAACAGCAAGGGCCUUGCUGUUGGGAUCGAGCAGGUCUCGAUUUUCCUCACGGACGACAACACAGUAAUUACCUUUUUCGAGCAUUCGGCAGGAGACAUCACCAAGGCCAUUCUGACUCGUCUGGCGGCCAAGGACACGCUGCUGCGCACAAGCGACGAGGCCUCGAUUCUGUUCCAUUCCAUUCUUGACGCAAUAGUCGAUCUCGUCUACCCCGUGACGUCUGCCUACGACCAACGCCUAAACGAGAUAGAGCUGGACAUUCUGACCAAUCCAACCAUCUCGCACACCCAGGAAUUGCAUUUAAUGAUCAACGAGCUGGCCAACCUCAAGUCGCGCAUCAUGCCAGCCUGCAACCUGAUCCAUCAGAUGAGAGAGGUGACCAAUUUCCGCAAGUUCAUGUCUGAAAACAGCGUUUUGUACAUGAACGAUAUAUACGACCAUCUGGUGUCAUACGUGGACGACAUUGAGUCGAUGUCGAGGACGAUCGAAAACCUAGUGAACCUAAUCUUUAACACGUUGUCAGUGGAGACCAACAACUCCAUGAAACAGCUGUCUUUGGUGACUGUGAUCUUCCUUCCGCUCAGCUUCUGGGCAGGCUAUUUUGGCAUGAAUUUCGACAGGUUCGGGAACCUGGAAAAAGGAGUUGGGUUCUACUGGAAAGUGACCAUUCCGUUUACGUUUGGGCUCAUUCUGCUGGUGAUGUGGCGCGAUAUCUUUAAAAAAGUGGACUACUCAAGAAAAUACGUCACACGGGUAAUGGCCGAUUUCGCCAUAGACAGAGCAGAGAAAAAGAGAAAGCUACGGCGCAGGAAAAACCUGGUUUAA